AUGCAUGUACCAGUCAUCACUGCUGUGCUUUUGCACACCUUAGCAGUCUUCGCUUCUCCUAUUCCAUCACCUGGGAAGGAUGGCGUCGAGUCCCCGGAAUACAUUUAUGAAGACAAGCGCGCUGUUGAGUCUCCCGAGUACAUCUACGAAGACAAGCGCGCUACCGAGUCCCCGGAAUACAUCUACGAAGACAAGCGCGCUACCGAGUCCCCUGAGUACAUCUAUGAAGACAAGCGUGCUACUGAAUCUCCGGAGUACAUCUAUGAGGACAAGCGCGCCACUGAGUCCCCCGAGUACAUCUACGAAGAUAAGCGUGCUACCGAGUCUCCCGAGUACAUUUACGAAGACAAGCGUGCUACCGAAUCUCCGGAGUACAUCUAUGAAGACAAGCGCGCUACCGAGUCCCCUGAGUACAUCUAUGAGGACAAGCGUGCCACUGAGUCUCCCGAGUACAUUUACGAAGACAAGCGUGCUACCGAAUCUCCGGAGUACAUCUACGAAGACAAGCGUGCUACCGAAUCUCCGGAGUACAUCUACGAAGACAAGCGCGCUGUUGAGUCCCCCGAGUACAUCUAUGAAGACUAG